AUACAAUGGAGGGGGUGACACAAGGCAGUUUCAGGCAACCCUGCGCUGACAAUGACUAUCUCGUUGACCCUGAGGUUGGAGAACGCAUUUUAGGUCCACUCCAGCGUGCCACUGAUGUCACAGCGAGUGAUAUAAUGAAGGGUCGCGAUGUAGGUCUGCCUUCUUACAACAGAUAUAGACAACACUGUGGUCUUCCUGUGGCUAGGAGCUUUGACGAUCUUUAUAGAUGGAUGCCUAAAGAUCAAGUGGACGUAAUAUCUCGAAGUUACGAAUUCGUGGACGAUGUAGAUUUAAUGGUAGGUAUUUUAGCAGAGAGAGCAAUGCCAGGCGCUAUCAUGGGUCCGUCUCUAGCUUGCAUCAUGAUAGACCAAUUGUUACGUUGGAGAAGAUCUGAUAGAUUUUGGUAUGAAAAUUCAAUACAUCCAGGAUCAUUCACACCAGAUCAACUUUACGAAAUAAGAAAGAUGACGAUGGCGCGAAUGAUUUGUGAACAUGGUGAUUCAGUCGACUCAGUACAGCCAUAUGCUUUCCUACUUUCGAAUUAUGGGUAA